CAGAAAGAAUCCUGGUGAGAUGAGGGGACAGAAUAGCAACUCUACUGGUGGACUGCAGCUGAAAACUCCUAAAAGGACACAUUUGGUGAGCGUCCCGUCUUUAUCAUGUUGUUAAUCAUAUCCCGAUAUCUUCCCUCCUUUGUUAUGUCUGUUUAAGUGUAUUAUAUGUAGGCUACUACAAUUAGGGUGCUGCUAUUUAAAACCCUCGGUCACUCACGGAUCACAGACGACUAUUCUUCGGUCCAUCUGGAGUUGCAGGCACUUAAUUGUUACAAUCAAGAUAAGGUAUCCCUCUAAAGUGGUUUGAAACAAACAGUGCGCUGUUCGCUCAGUUGAUACUGUUAUACUUAUUGGCUCUUCUAAUCACCUCAGAGCAUCUGGUUGGGACAACCUUGCUAUUCUUGCAUGCUUAAUUGCUAAAUCUGUAGGAUGCUUGCUCAAGGCUGUAGGAUGCUUUGGAUUCAUGGUUUGUUGAUAAAUGUGUGCUCAAGCUUGCCAUGAUGAUCAAGCCCACAGGGCACAGACGUCAAUUCAACGUAUAUUCUAUGUUCGUUCAACGUAAUUUUAUUGAAAUGUUUUUUAAAAAAUUUUUAUUGGAUGGUGAGUUUAACAUUGCUGAGGUUCCUCCCAGUCUUGCAUGGCAUGUGUCACCAUUCAUAAUAUGUUGCACAGCAAGGCCCCUAACUUAAAUUUAGCAUAAUUCUACUUCAAAUAAGACUACAUUCAUAUAUACUUCCCUUAUAUAAGCCAAAUAAUAAUUUAUAAUAGCAAAGGUUCAAAAAUGAUUCAACAGUUGCAUUAGUAUGCUUGCCUUGACUGAAAGCUAAAACCUGUGUCUCCCAGAGGUAACACAUAGGCUUUAGCUCAGUUGACUAUACAACACAAUAUUGAAAUACCAAAAAAACUGGGUUUGAUACCAGGUUGUUUACAAAAAGCAUAGUUUGAGCCUAUAGUCACUCAGGGGGACCCCUUGUGAUUAUGUGUAAAUUAAUGUAUUUUCCUGCAGUUAAAUGUCUGGAAACAAGUCUUGAUUGGCUGUUUCAGGGUCUAAUACAAUGAAUUGCCUCUCUAAGGAAUUUUCCAUGAAUGAAAUGAAAGGCUCUGGGGUGACGUAAAGAGUAGUUAUAUUAUUUAUUAUUUAGUUUGUUCCAUGAUGAAACUUGUAUGUGCUCUGAUGGCAUUACAUAAAGACGAAUGGGAUUUGGUUAGUAAUAUAAUCCGGAGAGGUUUGAGUCGACUGCCUCUGUCUCAUGCCUUAAUCUGGUCUGAAUUGUCUGUUUGUGUCUAAUGGAACAUGGAGGUUAUUGUCAGUGGCUGUGUGUCCCAGCAGGUGGUGUGUGGCGUGGUGUGAGGGGAGAUCAUGCCCCUGGUCAAGAGGAACAUAGAGCCCCGGAACCUCUGCCGCGGGGCGCUGCCCAAGGGGAUUGGCAGUGAGCUGGAGUGCGUCACCAACAACAGUCUGUCUGCCAUCAUACGUCAGCUCAGCAGUCUAAGUAAGACACACCUUCCACACAGUCACACCCCCUCGUUAUGUACAUUAAGUAAUCACCUAUCAUUUAACCAGAUUUAUGCAUCCAUCCUCCAGAAUGGUGACCUAUACACCCACAUCCCUCAGUGUUACACUGGAAAAAUGACCAGCUUAUGCAGAUAAAUUAACUCAGUGCAUUUAAAUGUUUUUAAUGAUUGGAAUCUAUUUGGUAAAAUACAUGUUGAUAUUGACAGAUGUGUGUGUGUGUGUGUGUUUUAGUGUGGGGAGGGAUAGAGAGAAUUAGAGGAUGAGACAUCUGGUCCAUACAUACCCAUAUUACUGUGUCUGUGUGGGUUGGGAUUGUAUGAAGUCACUGGAGAUUAGAGCUUACUGUAGAGCUUAGUUUCACAGAAGCAAAUAAAGGAGUGAGGGAGAGAGGGACAGAGAGAGAGAAAGAAAGAGAUUGUGCUCUUGUCUCAGCGUUUUGACAAAUCUCAAUAAUUUGGUUGGUUGGAAAUCUCCAUCACUAAGUUGCUCCUGUCUGUUCAACUUGACCUCAACUUAUCUCUUUGCUCUUUUCUGUGUAGUAUGAAGUGUACUUCUCCAAUCAUCUUGUCUGACCAGUUGGACACGGUGAAAGUCUGUAGUAAUGACUACUCUCUGUCCUCAUGCUUCAGGUAAACAUGCAGAGGACGUCUUUGGAGAGCUGUUUAGUGAGGCUAACACCUUUUACGUGCGUGCAAACGGUCUCCAAGACCGCAUCGACCGCUUGGCUGUCAAGGUCACCCAGCUGGAUUCCACUGUGGAAGAGGGUCAGUUGGGGUCAGGGGUCAGGGGAUAAGGGAAAAAAAGAAUAAUCUUCUCUGUAAUGUUGAAAGAGAAGAACCGACUCAUUAGUUGUCCUCCUUGUCUCUGGUUCUGCAUGGCCCAUAAUCUACUUAUCUCAGUAUCUUCUUAUUGCUUACCUUUCUAUCAAUCUCACAUGCUCUGUUUUGCUCUCCAGUCUCUCUGCAGGACAUCAACAUGAGGAAGGCGUUUAAGUGUUCCACAGUCCAGGACCAGCAGGUGGUGUCCAAAAGCAGCACAUCCAACCCUGUGGCGGAGAUGUACAACACCAGCGACAAGCCUCCUCCUCUCAGCAUCCUCUCUGCCUACAGGUUUGUGUGGAUGCAUCACAAUCACCAGACGAGCUUUAACCUCCAGUCGUGACGUAUAGCUAACUAGUCUCUCUUUUGACACAGAGAUGACCACACUGAUGGGAUGAAGUUCUACACAGACCCGUCCUACUUCUUUGACCUGUGGAGAGAGAAGAUGCUGCAGGACACGGAGGAUAAGAGGAAGGAGAGAAGAAGACAACGGGUGAGAGACUCUUAAUAUCUCACUUUAAACAGCUCAUUUCUUCUUAGCAACUUGUGUAGACAAUAUCCUGUAUAACUCCACACCUAUUUGCAAAAUGACCUCGCUCUCUCUCUCAGGAGCAGAAGCGAUGUGUUGACGGCACACUUCAGCGUGAGGUGAAGAAGGUUCGUAAAGCCCGAAACCGCCGUCACGAGUGGAACAUGAUGGCGUUCGACAAAGAGCUUCGCCCAGACCAUCGCCACCCUCACUCUCUCCACCGGGGGGCGUCGUCUGAGGGCUCCCUCUCCCCGGAGAGCAGGUCAGUGGUUCCUUCCCCCAAUUAGGACUAUAUUCAUCUCUCCUGAGCAAAGGCUUCCUUCACCAUUUGCUUUCCAAAUGGCAUAUUAAAAUAUUAUCAGUGUAAAGAGUUAAUAAUAAUGACUUUUAAUGUUGACUAGAUAUGAUCUGCCAGACUACCCAACUGCUCCAGGCCUUCCCCAUGCUACAUCCAACCACACCCUGGCUCACCCCUACCAGCCUGCAGACAUCCAUGAGUCUGUGGAGCAUGAGUACCACAGCAUCGGCGUCAGCUACAGAGAGGGGACUCUCAAUCGCACACACCACCCCACCCCUCUGCAUCAUUCCACUGAGAGAAUGAAUGGCACUAUAACGCUUCCACCUGCAGACUACAGGUAUUGUGACUGUAACAAUAAGAAAUCUGUAAUAUAGGUUAGUGAAUCUGAUUUGUUUAUGCUAAUUGUUCUAAAACUGAAAACCUUCUCUCUAUCUUUCUCUCUCAGUAUAAUGGAGUACUGUGCCAGUUCCGGAACACCACCUCCUCCCCCAGCCCCUCUUAUCCCAUCUGCAGAGACAGCCUUUGGCUCUCCCAUGGUAUCCCCCACCCCCCUUACUGGAUCCUCAGGCUAUUGUCUCCCAAUGCUAUCUCCCCCAGGACCCCGUAUGAUUCCACCUCCCCCAGGUCCACCCCCACCACCAGUCCCUCCCGCCCCACCCCAACUGGCAGGACUCAGUGAUCGGAAGAGACAGGACACCCAGCCUGUCACUGGUACUCGA